AAAAAUGUCAUACAAAACUCCUUCUUCCCUUGCUUUCAUGAUCGUAUGCUGCUGCUUCAUCAUUUGGCUCAUCAUCGUCCCCGCAGGACUAGUACUAGCCCCUAAACCUAGCAAUAAGCCCAGUAAGGUGAGAGUAGCAGGACGCCCCUCAAGUACGGCCCCUUCUGCAACUAAGCGACGUCCUCCUCUCCCCGUCCCCAAUCCUGUCUCAGCCCACCAUUCUUUCGCAGACAAAAGUCUUAUUCCGGGCUCGGCUGUGUGCAACAGUAGCAUUUAUGGAAAUUGCAUUCCUACCAUCGGCCGCCGUUGUACUUACGAGAAGAGAUGUAAACGUGGACCGGCCCCGUAGGUUGGAAAAUCAGAAGCAGCAUUUUUCACUGAAAUGACAUACGAAUUACCGAGUCAUAUAUUGUGUCCCUUUGCCUGCAUGCAAACAUGUUGUCUUUGACCUGUUUCAAUUUAGAGCAAU